UUAAAGAGCAUGCUUCCUCACAAACCGGACCAAAUCAAAAUUUCCGGUUCAGUAUGAUAAACCUUUAUACAAACCGAUCUAACCAAAAACCAACCAUCUGAACCGAAUUACCCAACCGAACCUGGAAAGGAACAUGUAGAAAAAGUCAAACUUUAGAGUAAAGAACAUUCAUCCACCCAACUAACCGAAAAACAUGACGCUGAUGACUUCGAGGGUUCCUGUAAUAAAAUCAAAACAGCAUAAAAAAAAAAAAAUCCAAAUCUAUCUUCUCAUGUGAAUAAACAUCCCCUGUGUCGUUGACAAACACACACACACACACUCAAAAAUGGCACUGAAUCUUCCUCUUCGUCAUACCCUUUUGAUACUCUUCUCGUUAUCCAUCACCAUCACUACAUCUCUUCCAUCGCCGUCUCCCGUGACUAUUCACCAAGACUCUCCUCCUUAUCUAUGGCCAUUACCGGCGGAAUUUACCUCCGGAGAAGAAACCCUCUCGAUGGAUCCUUCCCUUUCUCUGACCGUAGCUGGAAACGGCGGCGGAUCUCCGAUCGUUAGAGCUGCAUUCGACAGGUACAUGGGGAUGAUCUUCAAGCACGCUUACAAUAGAGCUUCUUCUCUCUUGACGAGAAUCAGGUUCCUGAGUAUGGUUGAGUAUGACAUCACUUCUCUCAAGAUCAUUGUUCACUCGGAUUCUGAAGAGCUUCAAUUGGGUGUGGAUGAGAGUUAUACAUUGAUGGUGUCUAAGAAGAAUGAGCUAUCUAUUGUAGCAGCUGCCACCAUUGAGGCUAAUACUGUGUAUGGUGCUCUUAGAGGAUUGGAGACGUUUAGCCAGUUGUGUGCUUUUGAUUACUCAACCAAAUCUGUGCAAAUAUAUAAAGCACCCUGGUUUAUUCAAGACACACCUAGAUUCCAGUACCGUGGUUUGCUAAUAGAUACAUCAAGACAUUUUCUACCAGUUGAUGUUAUCAAGCAGAUCAUUGAAUCUAUGUCAUUCGCUAAACUUAACGUCCUGCAUUGGCACAUUGUAGACGAGCAAUCGUUUCCUUUUGAGACUCCUACGUAUCCUAAUCUGUGGAAAGGAGCUUAUUCGAGAUGGGAACGUUAUACAGUUGAGGAUGCCUCUGAGAUUGUCAGGUUUGCCAAAAUGAGAGGUAUUAACGUCAUGGCUGAACUAGAUGUUCCUGGCCAUGCUGAAUCAUGGGGAACUGGAUACCCUGAUCUUUGGCCCUCUCCCUCUUGCCGAGAGCCCCUUGACGUUACUAAGAACUUUACAUUCGAUGUGAUCUCUGGCAUUUUAGCAGAUAUGAGAAAGAUAUUCCCAUUUGAGUUUUUCCACUUGGGCGGUGAUGAAGUAAAUACAGAUUGCUGGAAGAACACAACUCAUGUCAAGGAAUGGCUUCAUGGUCGCAACUUCACUUCUAAGGACGCAUAUAAGUACUUUGUACUCAGAGCACAACAGAUAGCUAUAUCUAAAAACUGGACACCCGUCAACUGGGAAGAAACAUUCAGUUCAUUCGGAAAAGAUCUUGAUCCACGGACCGUGGUGCAAAACUGGCUAGUAUCUGAUAUAUGUCAAAAGGCGGUAGCAAAAGGAUUCAGAUGCAUUUUCAGUAACCAAGGAUAUUGGUACCUCGACCAUCUAGAUGUCCCAUGGGACGAGGUUUACAACACCGAGCCUCUAAAUGGAAUCCAUGAUCCUUCUCAGCAAAAGCUUGUGAUUGGUGGAGAAGUUUGCAUGUGGGGUGAAACAGCUGAUACAUCCGUUGUACUUCAGACAAUUUGGCCUAGAGCUGCAGCAGCUUCAGAACGGAUGUGGAGCACUAGAGAAGCUGUGUCAAAGGGAAACAUAACGCUAACCGCAUUGCCUCGUUUACACUACUUCAGGUGUUUACUGAAUAACCGUGGGGUUCCAGCAGCUCCAGUUGAUAACUGGUACGCACGAAGACCACCCUCUGGACCUGGCUCUUGCUAUGCUCAGUGAUUCCAAAUCGUAUCAUCUCAUUUUAAUUUGUAUUAUAUGUAAUGUCUCUUGUCUGAAAACUGGUUCUUGCAUUUGUUCUUUCUUUAUCUGUCUUCUUCUUGAUAACUCAAAAUCAAAGUAGUGUUUUGUUUUUCCUUGCAACAAUAAUCAAUCGUGAGAACAUCUGAAUUUUUCGAUGAUUUGAUCUU